UCUUUGCUGGGUAAUAUGGAAAAUGCAUAAUGAAGUGGUGUUUAUGGGAGCAAAAAUUAAUCCAAUACAGGCAGUUCAGCAAUUUAAAAUGCUAAAUGUGGAAGUCGAAUCUUGCAAGUCAUCUGUUAACGUGAUUGAGCGCCUAACCUCCACCUCAUUCUGCAAUAAUUGGAGCCCCCUGCCCCCUGCUGGUUGGUUUAAAAUCAACUGUUAUGCAGUUUUAUGAAGUACUCUCUCAUAAAUUAUAUUAAAAUGCUAAUUGUGGAAGUCGAAUCCUGCAAGUCAUCUGUUAACGUGAUUGAGCGCCCAACUUCCACCUCAUUUUGCAAUAAUUGGAGCCCCCCUGCGUUGGUUUAAAAUCAACUGUUAUGCAGUUUUAUGAAGUACUCUCUCAUAGAUUGUAUUAACAUGCUAAAUGUGGAAGUCGAAUCCUGCAAGUCAUCCACCUCAUUCUGCAAUAAUUGGAGCCCCCCUACUACUGAUUGGUUUAAAAUCAACUGUUAUGCAGUUUUAUGAAGUACUCUCUCAUAAAUUGUAGUAAUGGACAACGGAGGUAGAUUGUUAACGGGGCAAGCAAAAAAAAUUUUCGCUACAACGACCCAUGUAGCAGAAGUGUUAGAGAAGCUAUAGUUUUGGAUUCCAAUUUGGGUUUGAGUAAGAUCUUACUAGAAACAGAUUGUUUGGAUCUUAUUAUGACCUGCCGAAAAGGAGAAAGCCUUUUGGGAGAUUGAUGGUUUCGUGAGAGAUAUUCACAACCUUGCCCUCGUUUGUUCCUUAGUUGAGUUUCAAUGGACCAGUAGGAAAGCUAAUAUGUCAACACAUGAGAUUGUAAGGUAUUUUAAAUUAAAGCAUGGAAAUCGAUUCCUUAUCCAAACCGUUUCUUGGCGUCCGUUUCGUUCUAUUUGGAUUCGACCCAAUCAAUGAGCAUCAGGUUCGGUCGAAGGUAGUUCAUGGAGGUGGAGUUGAUGUUGGCCGGUACGGCCAAAACUGCACUCACGUGAUUGUGGAUAGGAUUACUUAUGACGAUCCUAUCUGUGUUGCUGCACGAAAUGAUGGAAGGACACUCAUCACAUCAUUGUGGGUUGAUCAUAGUUAUGAUGUUGGAAUGCCUGUUGAUGCUAAUUCAGUUAUGUACAGACCACUUAAAGAUUUGAAUGGAAUUCCAGGUGCCAAAGGUUUAGUUGUAUGCUUGACUGGUUAUCAGCGACAAGAUCGAGAAGACAUAAUGACAAUGGUUGGCUUGAUGGGUGCAUUAUUUUCUAAACCACUGGUGGCAAACAAAGUUACACAUCUCGUCUGCUACAAAUUUGAGGGUGAGAAGUAUGAGCUGGCUAAGAAAAUGAAGAAGAUAAAGCUUGUUAACCACCGUUGGUUGGAAGAUUGUUUAAGGGAUUGGGAUCUUCUUCCAGAAGCUAACUAUGACAAGAGUGGCUAUGAAUUGGAGAUGAUGGAAGCUGAAGCUAAAGAUUCUGAAGAAGAGGCUGAAGAUGUCAUUUUGAAGCAAUUUGGUGGGAAAGACAUGAGUAAGAGUCCGCAUAAUUUGAAAGUAGUUGUAGCAAGUGCCCAUCAAUCACCAAAAACAGCAAUGGAGGUGCCAAAAAUGCUGCUAAAUUCAACAGUACCUGCAGAUCCUUCAAAUGUGAAUGCUAAGGACAUAUUAUCAACUCCUGUCAAAGUGAGUGGAUCUCAUCAAUUCCCAAGUCUUGAUAAUGUUAAUGUUCCUGAGGUGUGUGGUUUGCAAGACUCUGAUGCUUUUAGGGAUCCUCUGCUUGAGAGGACUCCAAAUUCUACAAGAGUGAAAAAUGAUUUGGCAUCUACCUCUGAUGGAGCUGAAUUGCCUCCUUGUUCCGAGUCAAAAUAUUCUGUAAGUUACUUGAGGAAAACCCCUUGGAAAUCCCCAUCCUCAAUUUCCGUUUUAAAAGUAUCUGGCAAUAUAAGUGGAUCUCCUGAAGCAAACCUAGGUGGAUUCAAAGUCAAUGAGGUUCUUGUCACCAGUUCCUCCAAAGUUGAACCGGAAGAGGCCAGAACUGCCACAGGUUAUGUUAAAACUCCUCAGAGAAAGGGUGAAUCAUGUCAGGAGGCAGAGUCCAGUGGUUGGUUACCUGCAAAGAGUAUGACAAAUAUGUCUAGUGCUAGUUCAAAGUCGCAAAAGACGAGUCAUAAUGCAACAGCAUGCGGCAGAAGUCCAAUAGUCACUUAUAGGACUAAAAUUUUGGAUCCAAAAUCUCCCGCAUGUCAGCCACUUGAGAAUAAUAACCAUUUCUCCCUUCACAAUAAUUAUACAGAUGACACUGCUGAUUUGAAUUCUGCACUUAAUCCCCAUGACGGUUCCUCUUUUUUUAACAAGAAACCACCAACCCCUGAUCUGCCUUCCUUUGAAACUAUGACCUUUGAGACUGGGCAAAAUGAAAAUGCUGAUAAGGCCCCUCAAUCGUCUUUCAGAGGACUGAAAGAGUCCAUCUUGGCAACCAAGCUUGAUAUUGAAGCUCAGGCAGGCGAGCCACAGAAUCAGCAGCAUAACAUUAAGGUUUCAUCACCCAAGGAUAGAGAUUUCGAGAUGGAGAAAUCACAUACACCUGUUGACUUGAACUCAGUCCAAGGAGGAAAUCAUAAGUUGAUUGCAGGGCCACUUAGGAAGAAGAUGAUUGCCAAAAAGACAUUGGGUUCUCGACAUGCUGCUAAUCAAAAGGGUUCCAUUUACUCGAGUAAAAUUUCCUCCCUAAAUGAUCCUGCAGUUUGUUCAAAUGGGGGAGAGGAGAGAACCGAUCAACAGAAGUUGACUAGGGUCAGUGCGACGUCCGCUCCAACCAGAAGUGUUGAAGCUGUAAAUGAGCUGGAUAUAAAUGCUGUUACAGGAUGUGAUGAUGCGACUAGUAAUAAGACUAAGCCCAUGGAUGAUGAGACUGAGUCUCCUGAUGAGAAAGAUGAACUUGACAAGCAACUAAACCAUGAGAAGUCUGGGGUGGUUGAAUUGAUACAAAAAGAAGAUACAAUGAUGAGAGUAGAACCUGGAGAUAGACAUGCAGCAAAUGGUACCAGUAAGAGUUCACAUGAUGUAAUGGCUGCAAAGGAAGGGACGAAUGGAACUGAAUUGGGAAAGACAGUUUGCCGCAAGAAGUUUGACACUAAUGAAUCAACCUCGAAAGUGGAGAGUAUGAAAGGGAAACUAAAUAUAAGGAAAAAACGGCCAGCAGGUAAGGCCAAGUCAAAGAAUGUACCUGCUGAUGUGGAGACGGUGGAAUCUAACAGAGAUGUGGAUAAGGAAGAUACCGUGAAUGAAAAUAGAACAGAGGAAGGUUCUGAAAUGGAUAAAAGUGUGCUGCAUCCUGGAAACAAAACUUGUGGUAGCACUGUGUCUGUAAUGGAGAACUCCAUGGAAGCGGAAAAGGAAAACAGGCCAGUUGUCAAAAACCAAACUUCAAGUUCAGGUGUUCGGAAAUCAGUUCUUAAAUCUUUUAAGACACCAGAGAAGGCAACAACAAUGCAAGAAGUUCCAAACAGAUGGAAUAUUGAACCUGUAUGGUUUAUAUUGAGUGGACACAGACUGCAGAGAAAGGAGUUUCAACAAGUUAUAAGGCGUUUGAAAGGAAGAUCUUGCAGAGAUUCUCAUCAGUGGUCAUACCAGGCAACACAUUUCAUAGCCCCUGAUCCAAGAAGAACAGAGAAGUUCUUCGCGGCUGCUGCAUCUGGAAGGUGGAUUCUUAAGACAGAUUAUUUAAGUGCUUGUAAUCAGGCAGGGAAGUUCUUGCCAGAGGAACCUUACGAAUGGCACAAAAAUGGUCUUAGUGAAGACGGUGCUAUUAACUUAGAGGCACCAAGGAAGUGGCGGCUCUUAAGGGAGAGAACAGGUCAUGGUGCCUUCUAUGGAAUGUGCAUUAUUGUGUACGGAGAAUGCAUUGCGCCACCUUUGGAUACUCUGAAGCGUGUAGUCAAGGCUGGAGAUGGGAACAUAUUAGCAACUUCUCCCCCUUAUACUCGUUUCCUCAAAUCUGGGGUUGACUUUGCAGUUGUCAGUCCUGGCAUGCCACGUGUUGAUUUUUGGGUCCAAGAGUUCUUAAAACAUGAGGUACCCUGCGUAGUGGCUGAUUACCUAGUGGAGUUUGUCUGCAAGCCUGGUUAUUCCCUUGAGCGACAUGUGCUAUACAACACUCACGCUUGGGCAGAGAAAUCUUUUGCUAAAAUGCUCAGCAAGGCUGAAGAAACAGUCGCGGACUUAGGUCCUCCAGAUAGUUGUGACGACAAUGAUAUAAGUUGCCAAGUUUGUGGCAGUACUGAUAGAGGAGAAGUUAUGCUGAUAUGCGGUGAUGAAAGUGGUUCUGUUGGUUGCGGGGUUGGUACCCAUAUUCACUGUUGUGAUCCUCCACUUGAAAAUGUUCCAGAGGAAGAUUGGUUUUGUCCCAACUGUACUAGAGGCAGGAUUAAUCCAUCUAAGAAAAGGAAAAAGGGGUCUUCAUCGAAGAGCAAAUGAUUUCAUCUCUUUUAGUUUUUGUAGAAGCAUGCUAUCAUGUACAUUUUAGUAGUAACCAAGAAGGUAGAAUUUUCUCA